GAUCCCGUAUGAUUUCCGCACAUGCGCAGUGGGACUGUUGGCUUCAGUGUAGCAUGUUGUUGAGUUUGUUCUCUGCUAUUUGAAUUAAAGACUAUAGUAUCUGGUUGUAUUAUAUUAUUAUUGUUAUCAUAAAUAUCAUAACGCGAUAUAUAGAAGCGUUUACAGGAAGAAGAAGGAAGAACGACAAAGCGGAAUGAAUCAGUUUGACCAUUUGAAGGAGGAAGACUGUGGUGAGCAGGAGGAGAUGAAGGACAGUAAUGAGACGGACGGGGGAUCGAUAAACAACAACAACAAUAACAUCAGACGCAAGACGGUGACUCCGGCUCCAGGCGAACACCCGCUGCAGUACAAUUACACCUUCUGGUACUCGCGCCGGACGCCCAGCAGACCCGCCAACACUCAAAGCUACGAACAGAACAUCCGGCAGAUGGGGACCGUGGCGUCGGUGGAGCAGUUCUGGAAGUUCUACAGCCAUCUUGUGAGACCCGGAGACCUGACGGGACACAGCGACUUCCACCUGUUCAAGGAGGGGAUCAAACCCAUGUGGGAGGACGAGGCCAAUAAAAAUGGAGGGAAGUGGAUCAUCCGGCUGAGGAAGGGUCUGGCGUCUCGUUUCUGGGAGAACAUCAUCUUGGCCAUGCUGGGCGAACAGUUCAUGGUGGGAGAGGAGAUCUGCGGUGUGGUCGUGUCCAUCCGCUUCCAGGAGGACAUUCUGUCAAUCUGGAAUAAAACGGCCCAUGAUCAGGUGACCACGUCACGGAUACGAGACACACUGCGGCGCGUGCUGAACCUCCCGCCAAACACCAUCAUGGAGUACAAAACACACAACGACAGUCUCAAGGAUAACUCCAGCUUCCGGAAUACGAAGAUCACUUUGUGAAAACCUGGAAAUAAUUUUCAUAUGGACACUUUAUCUUUUACACCACGAGCGAGCAGCGCUUCAGACGGACCGAAUGAACCCUGAGCAAACUGUGUGUGUGUGUGUGUGUGUGUGUGUGUGUGUGUGUGUGUGUGUGUGUGUUAGUGAUGACAUUGACAUUGUUCUGAAUCAUUCCAUCAGCCUCAUUGAGUCGGUUCAGUAACACGUUACAUCAGAUUCAGUGUGUUUGAGACGAUUAAAGGCAUUCUCUUCAGUUCAGUUCAUGUUUCUCAUGUUUCACAGUACAGAUUCAGAGCAGCUUUACAGUCAAAUCACUUUUCAAUGAAACUGUGUCGUUUGGACCCAAUGAACACUCUAGUUGAAAUAUAGUUUUAAAUAAAGACAUUUGGUGGUGAA